UCCCUUUGGAACUUGUAACAUUUCAUAUCAAGUUUUUACAAUUUUUUUCUCUUGUAUGAAAAAUACUGUUUUCAUAUCUUGUAUGUACAAUUAUUUCAAUAAAAAAACAUCCAUUGCUCAUAAAACAGUCAUUCUAAUUAAUAAAAGAUCCUUCUCGCUCCCGUAUUUGACAUGUCGCUGUGAGCUUGACUGAUAAAACAGUGCACAAAGUUUGUUUUUUAUACUAUGACUAGUACUAUUCGCUAUGUGAUAAGGUCUGCACAUUAAAGCCACUCUCAAAUAUACCCAAUGGAUGAAGUACACGUGUAAUUCUUAGAAAACAUGUAUACUUGGUUAUUAAACUGCCUUAGUGCUGAACCUUAUAAAUACUUUAUCGAGGUGUACUGUACAGUCAGUGGAUUUUGGUGGUCCCAGAGACCUACAAUAAACGCUUGAUUUUUUUAUUUCUGCUCCUCUCAACAAAAUGAUCUUUCAACCGAUUUUUCUGCUGAUUUUGAUGUAUUCGACAUGUGCUCGUUGCAUUUUACCAACUGAUCUUGUCUGUCCGAAUAGCGGAUCAGAAAUCGUCAUUGAUGGCAUUGGUAUGGAGUCACAAAAAUUUCGAUUUCCGGCAGUUGGCACUUUUGGAUUCCCCGAGGAUUUUGAAUGCAAAUGGAUCUUUAAAGCACAGCCAGGACUCCGACUUUUGUUACAGAGCAGGGACGCGACCAUAGAUGAAAAUGAAAGAAUUCAAGUAUUAGAUACUAAUGAUGACGUCCUUGAGGAUGAACCCGGAGCCCUGACAGAUCGAGAUUCCAACAUCGUUACUUCUACCGGUGAUUCCUUGACGGUCAGGCUGACCACAGACGGCAAUACAGGAAGCACAGAAGAGUUGUUUAUCAACGUCAUUGCUGGCACAGAUUCAGGCAAUUGCCCAGGUACAACAACGCUUUUUGCUACUGACACGCCUCAGUUUUUGACAACGAAUAAUUUCCCUAGUAAAUAUGGGAGCAACGAAGAGUGUGACGUCACUAUCCUAGCGGAGGAGGGUAAAGUGGUGAAUUAUACUUUUGAAUUUACAAAUAUGGAGGAAUUCGUACCUGCCCGAAGGCGAAUCGGCUGUUUUGACACCAUUGAAGUAUUUGACGGUUCCUCAACUGACAAUACGUUGUUCGACAGCUGUGAUCCGUUCUUCCCUCAAAACUUUGGACUCAGCAGUGGGCAAAGUCUGCGAGUUCGAUACGAAACUGGGUCUAUUAAGGAGGAAUUCGGGUUUCUUCUGCGGUACAAGCAAGAAGAUGUUGAUGAGUGUGCUGCGUUACCAGGGCCGUGUUCUGAUAAUGCCAUUUGUAUGAACACAGACGGAUCCUUCCUGUGUGAAUGUAGACCCGGAUUUACAGGCAAUGGAUUCCAAUGCGAAGCAGCAACGCCAGUUAUCCGCAAGUUCAUCAUUCCCUUUCUGGCCUCUUCUGUUGGGGCCGGUCUCACGGGGGCGGGACUCCUGUUUACACUGUACGUCCUGGCCAAUGCUGGAGAAACUCCUUACAAUGUCAAGUGGUAAAUGCAGGAUGAGCUAUGUCGCAUAACCGUUUUGGUGAAGAAGAAAAUACGUGUCUCUGUUUUUUGGUUUUUUUUAAUUCUGUUAAAAUAAAGUACUCGAGGAAGGUAAAUGUACGUAAAUUAUGACUUGUUACAAAAAAUACCAGUUUGUAAAUGGCCCUCUAAAAAAUAACACUUUAUAUUAAAGGCAUCUCAAUGAAUUUCUUAACCGGGUUGAUCUUAAAUUAGAUAAUGCAUAACAAGCGUUAAUUUAUAAAUACAAUGCGUUCAACAGGACCCGGAUGCAUAUAUAUCUUAUCUGUAGGUAAAGGAAAAUGCAAGUUGACGGCAAGGAAGGCGGGCUUUAAGAAUCAGAGAGCAGGAAUCGCGUACACUUUACUCAUGAGGUAUAUUCCACGUGACACUGUUCUCAUUAAUAUUCAUGUCCCUCACUGAAGAAAACAACAUACCUUUUAUGUGUUAAAUUUCUGUGAUUAAAUCGAAACUUGUAUUUUUUUUAACGAGAACACUUGUCAGGGCAUUGCACGGGUUAUCUGUGUAUGUUUUGUCAUUAAAAUCAGUGAUUCACAUCUCAAAUUAACUUGAAAAGCCUCACUAUUCAACCAAUAUAUUAUCUAAAAAUAGGACUGUACCAGCAAAAAUGGAUGAUAAAUAAAACAGUUAAAUAUCUUGCUUGAAACAAAAUAGAAUUAUAACCUGAAAAAAAUCUAUUUCAAUUUCUAUUGAUAAUUCCUACAGAAAUACGCAAUAAUGAUAAUAAA